AUGGAGGACGGUUUAGCCAAUGCUUUCCGCUCAAAGCGUCUCAUUUUCCGUGCCAUCGACGACAGCGACGAGGAAAAGACUUGGUUCCACGAGCAAAUCAAAAAUGACCCAGUCGGUUUCGCCUUUGUAGACUCCAACGUCCUACGGCCACAAUCCAGGAAGCGCAACGAUGCGUUGCUUCUCGAACUGCAGAACGCCCUGUUAGGCGUCAUUAUCUGUUUGCCAGAAACGGAUGAUAACGGAAAGCCGCGACCGAUCGGCGUACUUGGACUCAAUGACGAAGCUGGGGAUAAUUAUCGCCAUCACCAUCGCCUUGCAGUUCUCACCAUUUGCAUUGCAGCAGCGCAUCGGGAUAAGGGCUACGGCGCAGAAGCAAUCAACUGGGCUGCUGAUUGGGCUUUUCAAAGAGCAAACAUCCACUGCAUCAGCCUCGGAUGUGUGGAAUUCAACGAACGUGGGAGGCACUUGUAUGAAAAACUAGGCUUUGUACUCGAAGGCCGUUACCGGCAGUCACAUUUCCACGAGAGGAAAUGGUGGGACGUGCUUCUCUUUUCUAUGCUAGAGAAUGAAUGGGAGGCUUUGAGAGGGCUAGGGAAAGGAGAAUAG